CCGCCGUUGUGCUCUAUACUUUUUCGUCAAAAUCCUGUUGAUAUUCGGGAGUACUUGUAUUCGCUUUCAGUCGGCAAUGGAAGAACUGAGUCAGCUAGAAGGUCUACAGAGAGCACUCUCAUUCAUGCAAUCUCAAGGCAUAAUAAUAUCUUCCAACAACGAAUCUGAUCGCUUCCUUGCCAAUCUCGUCCUACUAUUGAUUAAACCUUGCGGAGAGCUCGAUACGAACGAUAAGUGCAAUUUGAUUCUUGAAUAUAUGCCAAAAUUUUCGCCUUCCUUUCUAGCGGAAGCCUCUCUCUGGCUCGGUGGAGAAGAUAAAGACACAGUUGAAUUCCAUCAUGAAAGUAAUGUUGGAGGUAGUUUCCUGAGCAAAUUUGAUGGCAAAGAUUGUGGUCCACUGGAGAUGGAUCAUGAGCAUAUGGCUAUGGUUGGGCUUGAUGCAAUGCAGCGAGCAAAUUCUACUCUUGAGGAUUUUUGCAGAUCUUAUUUUAUGUUUCAUGGGAUGGACGUAAACUUGCCACAGUCAAUAUUUAAAUAUUUACCCAUGUUUUCAUUCGUGGAAAGUUACAUUUAUCAGCUUGAUAGAUUGAACGAAAAGACCUUGCACAUACCAGCAAGUGGAAUGAUAGCUUUAGAAAGACGAGUGGAAGAGGAAGUAAAUGAAAGAUGGGCAGCAAAGUUUAUGGAUGCAUUUAAUAUUGGUCCAUUCAAAGCUCUUGUAUGUGUACUUGAACGUCAUGGACUUUUGACGGAGAGGAUUGGAAAAGAAUUAAGAUGCGGAGAGGAAUAUUGGGCUCUAGAAAGAAAGCUCUGCUCUGCACUCAUGAACAAAACAGAGAUUUCUGUCGAAGAUGUGAUUAGGGCGAUUCAUCUGAAAUCGUUUGAUUAUCGAGUGCUGAAUCUUCUUCUGUAUCAAUUGAGAGGGGAAAAGGUGAAUGACUUGCAUAUGGAAUUUCUAUCAAUCUCUGAAUUUCUGGUGGAGGUAUCUGAUGAUUUGUUUGACUAUGAGGAUGAUGUCUUGGAGAAUAAUUUCAAUAUCUUGCGCAUGUUUGCCAGAAUCUAUGGACCUUCAGAAGCCCCAGCUAUACUGGCAAAGCACAUUACUGAGGCUGAAGAGAAGUACGACUGUCUACUGAGAAGUUUGGAUUCCCAACUCUCUCUAAGUUACCAAAGGAGAUGUGAAGAAGCCACUAAAGAAGGUGGGAAGACAUCAGGAAAUCCUCUUGGAACAUGGAGUAUACCUACAGUAAUUGUGGAUGAGAAUUCUUAUCGUUCCAACUUAUUACAUUCAAAUACUCAGCGUAGCCUUGGGUUGAUACAGAAUUUAACCGAUGCAACUGAUUGCCGUUGGAAGCCUUUAGUUCGCCACGUCAACUGUGAGUCCACAAACUCUAGUGUUUCCAGUGAAGUGAAGUUAAAUAUUAGUACAAAGUAUCCCAAAGGGAAUAAUUGAAGAAUUUUAUGCAAGGUAAAAGUGGUGCUAGGGACAGCUUGUUCUCUUCAGAUUCAUAGGAGGCAAAUGUGAAGGGGCACUUUCCUUUCUCUUUAUAAGUAAUAAUAAUUCAAUAAUAACAUGAUGAUUAAAAAGACUAUAUGAGAACUCUGAUUAUGUGCAAUACCCAUUCCGCUUUAUCAUUGCAUGAAGAGGUAACUGUUAAUGUCAUGAGA